GGUCUUGGUAAAGCGUUAAAAUUCAACAUAAUUCAUCUUAGUACGCUGUAAGCUUUCAAUCAGGUCGGUGGUAUGAAGCUGUGUAACUUGUUGUGCUUGUGUGUGCUGUUCCAAAAUGGAUAUACAAGGAUUUCAACGAAUUCGACUAUAAAAUAUUUAACACAGCCACAUAACGAGAUAUCCGUCAAUUUAAUGUUCCACGUCGACAAGGCUCUGACAAGGAAGUUGUCAAAAGAUUACAAGACACGAUCACGCGGAAAGCUGAAGGCAAUUGUGCAGAACGUUCUGAACGAUGCAAGAAAACUAUUCGACGCUAAGAAAUUCAAUCGGUCCAUAAAAUUCAAUCUGCUGGACACGAAAUUCCUGAGGAACAAUCAGAUGUUUGCGAUGGACGAGAACGCGUCGACCUAUUUGAAAAAUUAUUGUGAUUUCCAAAGCAAAAGAAAAGUUGCAAUGAAACGACUUUACCUCUCUGUAUUAUUAACCGGCCUUGAUAUAUUCCAUGUUAAUAAUGGAAAAACUGUGAGAGCUAAUUCUGGUCGGGGAUACACAAGAGGUAUGUGCAGCGUGAGAAAAAGUUGCGCAUUAUUGGAAUGGGAACCAAAAACCAUCGGGUUUCUGUUAGCUCACGAAAUAGGACACAGUCUUGGCAUGAGCCACGACGGGCCACCGUACAACCUCUGUAGGGACCAAAGGCACAUCAUGGCGGUCAGAUACCACCCCAACCAUCAUCCCAUUUCCUGGUCUUCAUGUAGUAUACAGUCCUUGAAGCAGUUCUUGAUGAGUGGUAAAUCGUGGUGCAUCAGACAAGAAAAGAGAAGAAUUAAUUUCAAGACUGUCCGUCAAUAAAUGAAGUUACAACGUGUUAAAGUGUCUAGUCAUUAACAUCAGAUGUCGAUUGAUUGAUUGAUCGAUCGAUUCAUCGAUUGAUUGAUUGAUAUUGUGUUUAAAUAUUAAUGAACUCCCAAAGACUUAAUAUUUAUAAAUACCGGGUUGAAGGAAUACUAAAAAGAAAUAUAGAUGUAUUUCUAUGGACCUAUUAGUGCUAUUUAUAAGAUGUUCUUAUACGCUUUUGUACUAAUUAGUCAAUAAACGAUGCUCAAUA